UCUGGAAAUACUAAAGCUGGAGUCUACCAGACUGAGGUUAAGAGCAUUUUCUUUGGCAACAAAAAGAUACUUUUAUAGAAGCCAUGCCUGUCCUUGGGGUUGCCUCAAAACUGAGACAGCCAGCUGUUGGGUCAAAGCCUGUUCACGCUGCUCUUCCGAUACCGAAUCUUGGCAUCAGCGUGUCACAGCGCUGUUCCUCGAGACCUCUGGAAUUUGCUACACCGGAGCACUCAAUGCUUUCUUGCCAGCUCACAUUAAAAUCAACCUGUGAGUUUGGACAGAAGAAAGUCCAGCAGGGAACAGCCAAGGAGAUUGAAGACAGCAAGAUUUACACUGACUGGGCCAACCACUACCUGGCAAAAUCCGGCCACAAGCGGCUGAUCAAGGACUUGCAGCAGGACAUUGCGGACGGGGUCCUUCUGGCAGACAUCAUCCAGAUCAUCGCAAAUGAGAAAGUCGAAGAUAUCAAUGGAUGUCCGAGAAGUCAGUCUCAGAUGAUUGAAAAUGUCGAUGUCUGCCUUAGCUUUCUGGCAGCCCGAGGAGUAAACGUUCAAGGCCUAUCUGCUGAAGAAAUAAGAAAUGGAAACCUAAAAGCCAUCCUAGGGCUCUUUUUCAGCUUGUCUCGCUACAAGCAACAGCAGCAUCAUCAACAGCAGUAUUACCAGUCCUUGGUGGAGCUUCAGCGGCGAGUGACUCAUACCGCGCCUCAGUCGGAAGCCAGCCAGGCCAAAACCCAGCAAGAUAUGCAGUCCAGUCUGACAGCCAGAUAUGCAGCUCAGUCUAAACACAGUGGAAUUGCAACCAGUCAGAAAAAGCCUACUAGGCUUCCAGGGCCCUCUAGGGUGCCAGCUGCGAGCAGCAGCAACAAGGCUCAGGGAGCCUCCAAUCUCAAUAGGAGAAGUCAGAGCUUUAACAGCAUUGACAAAAACAAGCCUCCAAAUUAUGCAAAUGGAAAUGAAAAAGACUCCCCCAAAGGACCUCAACCAUCUUCAGGUAUAAAUGGAAACACACAGCCUCCCAGCACUCCUGGGCAACCCCCAGCCUCAGCCAUCCCUUCUCCGAGUGCCAGCAAGCCCUGGCGCAGCAAGUCCAUGAAUGUCAAGCACAGUGCCACCUCUACCAUGCUGACAGUAAAGCAGCCAAGCCCAGCCACGUCCCCCACACCAUCUUCAGACAGACUGAAACCCCCUGUCACAGAAGGGGUCAAAAGCGCUCCUUCGGGACAGAAAUCUAUGCUUGAAAAAUUCAAGCUGGUUAAUGCCCGGACAGCACUACGCCCCCCUCAGGCUCCCAGUUCCGGACCUAACGAUGGUGGGAGAGAAGAUGAUGCCUUUUCUGAAUCAGGAGAGCUGGAAGGUUUUAACAGUGGUCUGAAUAGCGGUGGCUCAACAAACAGCAGCCCCAAAGUGUCACCUAAAUUAACCCCUCCGAAAGCAGGAAGCAAAAAUUUCAGCAAUAAAAAGUCUUUGCUGCAGCCAAAAGAGAAAGAGGAAAAGAACAGGGACAAGAAUAAAGCCUGCGCUGAGAAAUCGGGAAAAGAAGAGAAGGACCAGGUGUCGACGGAGGCAGCUCCGAAAAAGACUUCUAAAAUUGCAAGCUUGAUCCCAAAGGGCAGCAAGACCGCAGCGGCCAAGAAAGAAAGUUUAAUUCCAUCGUCCAGUGGAAUUCCAAAGCCAGGCUCAAAGAUGCCCACGCCAAAGCAAACUAUUUCACCUGGCAGCGCAGCAAGUAAAGAGUCUGAGAAAUUCAGGACUAGCAAGGGAAGUCCUUCUCAGGCCUUAUCAAAGGCCAUCACAUCGGAGAAAGCAAGCACGCCCAGCCUCUCUGGUCCUCUGGAUGGUCGGGAAGCUGGGCAAGCAUCUCCCUCCAGCUCCUGUGUCAUGCAGGUGGCACACAGCAGUGGACAGAGCCCUGGCAAUGGAGCUGUCCAGCUUCCUCAGCAGCAACAGCAUAGUCAUCCCAACACAGCCACGGUGGCUCCAUUCAUUUACAGGGCACAUUCAGAAAAUGAAGGCACCUCUUUACCACCCGCUGACUCCUGUACCAGUCCCACAAAGAUGGAUUCUUCCUAUAGUAAGACGGCUAAGCAAUGCCUAGAAGAGAUAUCUGGUGAGGACCCUGAAGCUCGGAGAAUGCGCACAGUCAAGAACAUAGCAGAUCUGAGGCAGAACUUGGAAGAGACAAUGUCCAGUCUUCGAGGGACCCAGAUAAGCCACAGCACCCUGGAGACAACCUUUGAUACAACUGUGACAACUGAAGUGAAUGGAAGGGCUAUCCCCAACCUGACAAGCCGACCGACCCCCAUGACAUGGAGACUGGGUCAAGCGUGCCCUCGUCUACAGGCUGGAGAUGCCCCCUCCAUGGGUGCUGGAUAUUCUCGAAGCGGUACCAGCCGAUUCAUCCACACGGAUCCCUCCAGGUUUAUGUAUACCACACCUCUUCGCAGAGCUGCUGUCUCGCGUCUGGGAAAUAUGUCACAAAUAGAUAUGAGCGAGAAAGCAAGCAGUGACCUGGAUGUGUCUUCUGAAGUGGAUGUUGGUGGAUACAUGAGUGAUGGUGAUAUCCUUGGGAAGAGUCUGAGAGCAGAUGAUAUCAACAGUGGGUAUAUGACAGAUGGUGGGCUCAACCUAUAUACCAGAAGUCUUAACAGAGUACCAGACACAGCAACUUCCAGAGAUGUCAUACAGAGAGGAGUUCAUGAUGUGACAGUGGAUGCAGACAGCUGGGAUGACAGCAGUUCUGUGAGCAGUGGUCUCAGUGACACACUUGAUAACAUUAGCACAGAUGACCUCAACACCACGUCCUCCAUCAGUUCUUAUUCCAACAUCACUGUCCCCUCCAGGAAGAACACUCAGCUGAAAACAGAUGCGGAGAAACGUUCCACAACAGAUGAAACCUGGGAUAGUCCUGAGGAGCUGAAGAAAGCUGAGGGAGAUUUUGACAGCCACGGUGAUGGAGGCGCCAAGUGGAAGGGUGUUCCUUCCGGACUUGCUGAAGACUCAGAGAAGACAGGGCAGAAAACCAGCCUGUCUGUAUCUCAGACAGGCUCCUGGAGGAGAGGCAUGUCUGCCCAGGGAGGAGCCCCAGCGAGGCAGAAAACUGGCACAAGUGCACUCAAGACGCCUGGGAAGACAGACGAUGCCAAAGCUUCCGAGAAAGGGAAAACGCCUCUUAAAGGAUCAUCCUUGCAAAGGUCUCCUUCAGAUGCAGGGAAAAGUAGUGGGGAUGAAGGGAAAAAGCCACCGUCAGGCAUUGGAAGAUCCACAGCCAGCAGUUCUUUUGGAUACAAGAAGCCAAGUGGUGUAGGGGCCUCUACUAUGAUUACAAGCAGUGGUGCCACCAUAACAAGUGGUUCAGCCACACUGGGGAAAAUCCCCAAAUCCGCUGCCAUUGGUGGGAAGUCUAAUGCAGGAAGGAAAACCAGCCUGGACGGGUCACAGAAUCAAGAUGACGUUGUCCUGCACGUGAGCUCGAAGACCACCCUCCAGUACCGCAGUCUGCCCCGCCCUUCUAAGUCCAGCACCAGCGGAAUCCCUGGGAGAGGUGGCCACAGGUCGAGCACCAGCAGCAUUGAUUCCAAUGUCAGCAGCAAGUCAGCUGGGGCCACUACCUCCAAACUGAGAGAACCCACUAAGAUCGGCUCAGGGCGCUCGAGUCCAGUCACUGUCAACCAAACAGACAAAGAAAAGGAGAAAGUAGCCGUGUCGGAUUCAGAGAGCGUUUCCUUGUCAGGUUCCCCCAAAUCCAGCCCCACCUCUGCCAGUGCCUGUGGGACUCAAGGGCUCAGACAGCCAGGGUCCAAAUAUCCAGAUAUUGCCUCACCUACAUUUCGAAGGUUGUUCGGUGCCAAGGCAGGCGGCAAAUCUGCCUCCGCACCAAAUCCUGAGGGGGCGAAGUCCUCCUCAGUAGUACUCAGCCCUAGUACCUCUUUAGCCCGACAAGGCAGUCUGGAGUCACCGUCGUCCGGUACGGGAAGCAUGGGCAGUGCUGGUGGGCUGAGUGGCAGCAGCAGCCCUCUCUUCAAUAAACCCUCAGACCUAACUACAGAUGUUAUAAGCUUAAGUCACUCCUUGGCUUCCAGCCCAGCGUCGGUUCACUCUUUCACAUCCGGUGGGCUUGUGUGGGCUGCCAAUCUGAGCAGUUCCUCUGCCGGCAGCAAGGACACUCCAAGUUACCAGUCCAUGACUAGUCUCCAUACGAGCUCUGAGUCCAUUGACCUGCCCCUCAGCCAUCAUGGCUCCCUGUCUGGACUGACCACAGGCACUCACGAGGUGCAGAGCCUGCUCAUGAGAACGGGUAGUGUGAGAUCUACUCUCUCAGAAAGCAUGCAGCUUGACAGAAAUACACUACCCAAAAAGGGACUAAGAUACACCCCAUCAUCUCGGCAGGCCAACCAAGAAGAAGGCAAAGAAUGGCUACGUUCGCAUUCCACAGGCGGGCUGCAGGAUACUGGCAACCAGUCUCCUUUGGUCUCCCCUUCUGCUAUGUCAUCGUCAGCCACCGGAAAAUACCACUUUUCCAACUUGGUGAGUCCCACCAACCUGUCCCAGUUUAACCUACCUGCGCCCAGUAUGAUGCGCUCCAGCAGUAUCCCUGCCCAGGACUCCUCCUUUGACCUCUAUGAUGAUGCCCAGCUUUGUGGUAGUGCAACGUCUCUAGAGGAAAGGCCACGCGCUGUCAGCCACUCCGGCUCAUUCAGGGACAGCAUGGAGGAAGUUCACGGCUCUUCACUGUCAUUGGUCUCUAGCACCUCAUCCCUUUACUCCACGGCUGAAGAAAAGGCUCAUUCAGAGCAAAUCCAUAAGCUACGGAGAGAACUGGUUGCCUCCCAGGAGAAAGUUGCUACCCUCACAUCUCAGCUGUCAGCAAAUGCUCACCUUGUAGCAGCUUUUGAAAAGAGUUUAGGGAAUAUGACUGGCCGUUUGCAAAGUCUAACCAUGACAGCGGAACAAAAGGAAUCUGAGCUUAUAGAACUGCGGGAAACCAUUGAAAUGCUGAAGGCCCAGAACUCUGCUGCCCAAGCAGCCAUUCAGGGAGCACUGAAUGGCCCAGACCACCCUCCCAAAGAUCUCCGCAUCAGAAGACAGCACUCCUCCGAAAGUGUUUCUAGUAUCAACAGCGCAACAAGCCAUUCCAGCAUUGGCAGUGGUAAUGAUGCUGACUCCAAGAAAAAGAAGAAGAAAAACUGGGUGAACUCUAGAGGAAGUGAGCUGAGAAGUUCUUUCAAGCAAGCCUUUGGAAAGAAAAAGUCCACCAAGCCGCCUUCCUCACAUUCGGACAUUGAAGAGCUGACAGACUCAUCCUUGCCAGCUUCCCCCAAGCUACCCCACAAUACUGGCGAGAGUGGCUCUUCAGCCAUGAAGCCCUCGCAGUCAGCCUCAGCCUUCCGCCUCUUCAGAAGCAUCCAUGGUCUUAAGUUCAGAAAGGGUCUGUGCUCUGCCCCUUUCCACUUUAUUACUGUAAAGCAGCAAUGGUUCCGCAGACUCCAGAAAGACACAAAGAAUGUUAAGCAGAAUGAAAUUGAAAUAUUGAAGGCUGAAAAUGAUCGGCUGAAGGCGGAGACUGGAAACACAGCUAAACCUGCCAGGCCCCCCUCCGAGUCCUCAAGCACCGCCUCUUCUUCUUCUUCUCGCCAGUCCUUAGGGCUUUCACUCAACAACCUGAACAUCACAGAGUCUGUUACCUCAGAUAUUUUGCUAGAUGAUACUAGUGAUGCAACGGGACAUAAAGAUGGCCGCAGUGUGAAAAUUAUAGUCUCCAUCGGCAAGGGCUACGGUCGAGCCAAGGACCAGAAGUCUCAGGCAUACUUGAUAGGAUCCAUUGGAGUUAGUGGAAAAACUAAAUGGGAUGUCUUAGAUGGUGUCAUUAGGCGUCUCUUUAAGGAAUAUGUGUUCCGAAUUGAUACAUCCUCUAGUCUUGGUCUGAGCUCUGACUGUAUUGCUAGCUACUGUAUAGGAGAUUUAAUUAGAUCUCAUAACCUAGAAGUGCCUGAACUGCUACCUUGUGGAUACCUGGUUGGAGAUAAGAAUAUCAUCACUGUGAACCUGAAAGGGGUAGAAGAAAAUAGUUUGGACAGUUUUGUUUUUGAUACACUGAUUCCUAAGCCAAUUACCCAAAGGUACUUUAACUUGUUGAUGGAACACCACAGAAUUAUCCUCUCAGGACCAAGUGGGACUGGAAAGACCUAUUUAGCAAACAAACUUGCUGAAUAUGUCAUAGCAAAAUCUGGAAGGAAAAAGACAGAAGAUGCCAUUGCUACUUUUAAUGUGGACCACAAGUCAAGUAAGGAACUGCAGCAGUACCUUGCCAACCUGGCUGAACAAUGCAGUGCAGACAAUAAUGGGGUAGAGCUCCCUGUUGUAAUAAUUCUGGAUAAUCUUCACCACGUGGGCUCUUUGAGUGAUAUCUUCAAUGGUUUUCUCAAUUGUAAAUACAACAAAUGUCCUUAUAUUAUUGGAACCAUGAGUCAGGGAGUCUCUUCAUCGCCGAAUUUAGAACUACAUCACAAUUUCAGGUGGGUAUUAUGUGCAAACCACACGGAACCUGUGAAAGGCUUUUUAGGCAGAUAUCUUCGAAGGAAACUGAUAGAGAUGGAAAUUGAAAGGAAUAUACGUAAUAAUGACCUGGUCAAAAUUAUUGACUGGAUUCCUAAGACAUGGCAUCAUCUCAAUAGUUUUCUGGAAACCCACAGUUCUUCUGAUGUCACCAUUGGUCCUCGGCUUUUUCUUCCUUGCCCCAUGGAUGUGGAAGGUUCUAGGGUGUGGUUCAUGGAUCUUUGGAAUUAUUCCUUGGUACCUUAUGUUCUGGAGGCAGUGAGGGAAGGCCUACAGAUGUAUGGGAAACGUGCACCAUGGGAAGAUCCCUCCAAGUGGGUCCUUGACACGUACCCUUGGAGUUCUGCAUCCUUGCCUCAGGAAGGCCCAGCAUUACUGCAGUUGCGACCAGAAGAUGUUGGCUACGAAGCCUGCACAUCUACAAAGGAAGCCACAACGUCAAAGCACAUUCCCCAGACUGAUACAGAAGGGGACCCCUUGAUGAAUAUGCUAAUGAAGCUCCAAGAAGCUGCCAAUUACCCGGGCACUCAAAGCUGUGACAGCGGCGAUAGCGUCAGCCACCGUGAAGACAUUUUGGAUACAUCUAUUGAGUCCACCCUCUAAAGGGUGAACGAGUUAGGCAAAUGACUAUGCUUUUCAAAAGGUGUUUUAAAAGACAGGUAUUGUCACUAAACCACUGCCAGUAUGAAAGUCCCCUGUACAGGGCCCUGACCCAAAGUUGUGGUGUCCACGGAGGUAGUAGAAUUAGGUUGGAACUGCCAAGAUGCUAAAUUGAAAUAGGAGCUUAAAUUUAUUUUAUUCCUAGCCAUUUUUAUAACCAUGGAGUUAGCAACAGCUCCAUUGCUCAACUGGAAAGGGCCCUCAAGAUGGGGCAACCAAGUAGAUUACACACGGGAUAGUGAGACUGGAAUUUAUUUUCUUCCUCUUUCAAAGUUUACAGUGCAGGUCUAUUUUUUCUUUUUGUUUUUCUUUUUCGUGCCUUUCUUUUGUUUCCUCGGGGCGGAGGCUGCUCUUCUCAGGCAGGAUCCUUCUGAUCCAUGGAACUUCCUUUGUGCCACAUGGUGCUGGUGACAGGGCCCCAGUAGAGUUUGGGUUGUAUGCUCCCUCACUGCAGAAUGAACCCAGGAGGCCAGUCCUCCAUAAGCACAAAGGGAAUUGUGCACCCACCGCAAAAUAAAAUCGCUGUGGCCAACGGGAAAGGACCAGCUUCCUUCUAACUGCCGUGCGUUCCUCAUAAAGGGCGCUACCCUCACUUAGGGUAUGAGUCAUGGGUUUUAUAAGGUUGUUUUUACCACAGUGGUCUUUUCAAACCACCUGCCAACUCCCUGAACCAGAGUUUUAUACCAAUUAUUAGUCAACACUGACAAAAGGCUUUUUAGGGCUUUAUUUGUUUGAGCCUUUUCAGUGAAAGAAGGAACAUUUUCUAUGGUGCUGUCUCAGUGCCUUAAACCAGACUUCUCCAACAGUUUCAACAGUUUGUUUCAACACUAAACCAUUGGUAAUUUCCACCGUCUCUUCAUUGACAACCAAUCAACACACCAGUUAACACAGCAGCCUCAUUUUCUGUAUGUCAUCUUUUUUUAAAAUUUUCCUUUUCUUGAAGAAAUGGAUAGGAGAAAGAUCAGUACAUUUUAUCCUAUGAAUAAAGAGAUUUCUUUGCCUAUCCUGCAAAUAAUUUGAGAACCAUAGAACCCUUCUUUGGCCAUCACUUAAAAGCAGAGACAUGUGGCUCCAUUCUGCCUAGUUCUAAAUGAGAGCAUUUCAGAAGGUGGGAGACACCUAAUCUGGAUCCAGUUAAACUCCAAGCACUGGAUUCAGCAUGAGCACAAACCAUUUGGCUUUCCUCCCCUCAUGUUUAUCUUUCAAAGACAAAAGUUAGUUUUUGGCGCAUGUUGUUUUGAGUGCUAUCAUCAUACAUGAGACAUUCUGCAUUAAGGAGCGCUGAUCUGGUCAGUCACUGUGGAAGAGGAAGCGCUUAUACUGUACAAGAAGGUUAGAUUUGCACAGUCUACUGGGUAGGUAUUGUAAAUAAUGAUUUUUUUUCCUCCAAACUUGCACAAAUUCAAAAAAAAAAAAAAAAAAAACAGACACAAACAAAAAGUUGUAUUUUAUCCUGUUGGUGUUAAGAGGCGUCUCGCCUGCUGAGGCUCCCUGUCUGCUGCAAGCGAGUACAGAAUGCAAACCCUCAAAGCUGUUAUUAUCUGGUGUGUUUGUCCUGUACUUAACAAGUCGUUGUGACGAUGCAGGAGCCAUCAGUGCUAGAGUACGCAUGCUUCAGUACAUGAGGCCGGUACAAUUUUGGAUGAGCAACUGUCUGAACGUACAUAUCUCGUGGCGGGCUAUAAAGACAGUGCCUGAGAAUUAAUCAGUCACUGGAAAACGUACACCAGCCACAGAGGACAGGUUCCAGGUUUAUGAAACCUAAGGUCUAUGUCAUGGUAUAGACGAAGCUCUGUGCGCCUUUUAGGAGCUAUCAUUGGUGCUACUCUCUGUGACCACCUCUGUGUUGGUUUCCAUAGAGCAAAAUUAGCAACGAGAGGUAUCUGUGCAGAUUUCAGAAUGCCGCUAAGUAUCUAGGUCCUUUUACGGUGCUACUGCCCCGAGGGAUACCAGACUGAACUGAUGCACAAAGAAUUGUCACCAUGGCUUUGGAACCUCAACUGUGGAUCAAACCUAAUUGUGCAACAUCAAUCUAUGUAGCUGGAUGAGUGACUAGUCCCCCUUGUAUGAUAUGUGAGCUAAAGGAAAUUGCUCAUCUUUCCCUGCCAUUUCGAGACACACAGUUCACACAUGAGCAUCAAGAGAACUUCCUGCAAUACAUGCCAGUAGGUACACCUAGUUUACAAUUUAAACUAGUUUGUGAAACAUUUGUCUGUACACAUUUUAUAUUUUGUACAUUUUUUGAUGUAACAUAUCAUGUAAAUAGGAAGAAGGAGUG